AAACUCAUGCUUCUGUGAUUUAUACCUUAUUUUCUUUCAUUAGGCUGCUACCGGUCGACCAUAUCUCAUUGUUGUCGAUUCACCUGCGAUGCAAAAUCUCAAAGAAAUCCCUACUAUUACCUUGAGUCAGCCUGAAAGUGUCUCUCACAAUGUUCUGUGCUGACAAGCAGUGCGGGUAUUGACGUCAGUCACCGGCAUUAGCACCAGCGCGCGAAACUCUUGUCUUUGGGAGUGGUACGAAAGUAAAUCUGCGCUUCCCCGCCCGCCCAGCUACACUAGAAAGUUUAUGAGCGUUUACAUGACUGACUGCUUCUUUUGCACUCGUGGAUUAUACCCGCAAUUUAAAAGGGACAGUCUCCAUUGAUAUCUGACCUUUGACCUAUCAAGGCUGGAUUUGUGUAGUCACCCCUCUGGAGCGGAACCACUGCCACCACAGUCACAGCCGUGCUGCCAUUGGACGAGGACGCUGCCCGAGCACCUAGACACCAGCAAGUUCUUCAUUGAGACUCCCACAGAUAUCUGACUUAGAGAUGGAGAGCAGCAACAUGUCACUUUUACCUCUGCUUCUACUCUGCCUUGCCAUCGCCACUUCAGGUUUGCCCCUUGUCUCUCCCCCAGCAUCCCAGCAGACGUGUGAGCCAGUGAAGGUUCCUGACAACCAGAAUGCCUGGAUCAGGGUGAGGGAGAUGCCAAUAGGCUGCUGGACCAGCUACACCACUAAGGACAGUAAAGAGGUGCACAUCCUCAGCCUGCACUUCCUUCCUGAGGCUUCCACCAUGUUUGAACUAAACAUGACCACUGCCAAGCCAAUGCACCUCAUCAUCACCACAGACUCAGAGCAGGCCAUACACUUUCUGCCCAAUGCUAACGUGGAUGUCAGCUUAUACGUGGCCAAUAACUCCAAUAUAAUGUUUUAUGGUUCAAAAGGCAACGUCCAUAGAAAAGCCCUGCCCACAGACAACGAAGAUCUAGUGAGGUGGGCCACCGAGGAGUUUGGUGGGGUGACGUCUUUCACCACCGUCCAGAACCCAACGAGCAUCGCUUCCACAGGCAGAGAGGGAACAAGAAUCCUUCCAACUGGCUCCAACAACUGUACACUUGAAAAUGAAUGGCACUCCCUCAAGCACUAUUUGACAUUCAAAUCAAGCAUACCUUCCUCGAUCAAGUCCUGCUCGAACCAGCCUCUCAACAGUCACACUGAGAAAGAACUAUACAUCGUUAACAUCCCUGAGGAUGUCAGCAUUCGCUAUGUCUCUGUGCACGUCAUCAGUGAGAGGCAGAUCAGUCUGUUCCUAAGAGGUCCUCAGGGUACCACGUGGAGCAUCCAUGACCCACAGCACACCAGCUUCUGUUCUAACAACGUGAUCAUGCUUGCUGCCACCAACAUGAUGCAUACGAUCCCUCCCACGGUCGACAUCCCCACAGACAGUGCUGAUGCUGUACAGAAGAAGGCCUUGGACCAUUUCAAAGCAAGCACCAUCACCAGCUACUCUGAGAUCCGAACCGAGGGCACCAUGGUCACACUGGUCCUUGGGAAUAAGGACCACACACCAGUCACAGAGACUGCACCCACCGAGACCACCCCAUCGCCCCCUAGCCCCCCUCAGAUGCCUCUGAUCAUGCAGCUGUACACUUCUCCAGACUACCGCUCCCCUCUGGACCUCAACGCCAAGGUGCAGAGCGACAAGAGGAUCUACGCAGAGAUCUCAGGGAGGAUGCUGGGGGAGAUUGUGCUGACCAUCAAGGUGAUCAACUGCUCGGUGCGCUCCAAGGGCUCAUGCCCGGUGGUCAGGGACAUGCCCUUCAGGUCAGAGAUGUGCGCCUCCACCAUGUGCCCCAACAGUACCAGGGUUAGCUUCUCCCUAGAGCUGCUCCAAGACCUGGCGUCCACUAGCUGGGACCUGGAGUGCUCCGUCAAACUCUGCUUCAGUGAGAAAUGUGGAGAUGGAGGAAGAGUGAAGAGGAAUUUGGAGGUAACCCAGACAUACAUCCCACCACCAACUGUGUGUAUUGACUUUGGUCUGUCAGCCGUGCUGGGCAUCGCUUUCGGAGGCUUCCUGAUCGGAGUUCUGCUUAUCGGAGCUCUGUGGUUUAUCAAGAUCCGCACAGGAUCUAGGAUAUCCCACCGGACUGGAUGUCGGGUCGACUGCAGUAAACCUCUCAGGAUGUCCUUGCUCUCUGACCAGCAAACGGCAACCCGUUUCUACGAACCCCUCCCCCUCUGAGAACAGUAGUGCUAAUGCCAGCAUUGGCAGCACUCAGAGCACGCCAACCAGCAGCAUGGCAUGAGAUCAUCAGCACCACCGUCUCCCCUUUCUGACACACCGAGGGGCCUCGUGCUAUUUGGUCGCUCUUUCACCAUGCUUAAGAAAGCAUUACCCCCCUCUCUUUAGUCACACCACAAACACCCACCCGUUCUCACCCGUGACCCCACCUGAAAGUGGUGAGGUCGGGGGCGGGGUGGGAGGAGCAGGAAUGGGAGGGUGGGGGGCGGCUCUAGUCUAGUCCAGGCUCCUAACAUUCACCUCUCUAGCCUCCCAGCAAAAGUUCCAGACGGAAAGUCAGCGAGGGUGAAAAAAAAGACCCCGGCUCCUAGCAACAGGAAAAACAAAGCAUAUCCCCUAAGAACUAACAGGAAAUUCAUUGCAUUCUUCUCAAUGAAUUGUGCCUCUCUGAUGGCGGCACAAUAAGAGUCAGUCAGUGAAAAAAAGAGACAAAAGAUUAACUUUUAAAAACAUUAUUAGAGAAACUGUUUUUGUCUCUCGACAUCCACAGUUGUUGUGAUUGGAAAUGUCAAGGCCCCUUAUUGUAGGCAAUUUAGAGAUAGAACAGGUGUCAGUCCAGAAUCUAUCACAUUGACUGUAGUUUUAAUUAAAAUUGUAUUACUGUAUAUGGGUGGCUGGAAGACACCAUGUCAGAUUUAAAGAUUUCAGACAGAUCAACAAAGCUAAAAUAUCCAAUGUUCUCCAAUACCAAGGGGUAUCUGUCUUUAUAUGAGUCAGGAAAGAUUGGGAAAAGGCUACCUCUUAAUUUAUGUAGAUGUCGGAUUUUGAAGCACAAGCAUGAGAAUGGGUUAUUCUGGUGAGCUAGUCAGAUACCUUAUUUUUUUGUUUCUCUCUUUCAUUCCGUUUCACUUGAGUUACAAUGCAUUCGGAAAGUUUUCAGACCCCUUCCCUUUUUCCACAUUUCGUUACAUUACAGCCUUAUUUUAAAAUGGAUAAAAAUAUUUAAAAAACUCAUCAAUCUACAAACAAUACCACAUAAAGACAAAGUGUAAAUUAAUUUUAAAAAUAUAUAUUUUUUAUCUAUUUAAAUAUGUAUUCAGAGCCUUUGCUAUGCGAUUCGAAAUUCAGCUCAGGUGCAUCCCUUUUCUAUUUAUCAUCCUUUUCUACAAGUUGAUUGGAGUCCACCUGUGGUAAAUUAAAUUGAUUGGACAUGAUUUGGAAAGGCACACACCUGUCUAUAUAAGGUCCCACAGUUGACAGUGCAUGUCAGAGAAAAAAACAAGCCAUCAGGUCAAAGGAAUUCUCCUUGGAGCUCCGAGACAGGAUUGUGUCAAGGCACAGGUCUGGGGAAGGGUACCAAAACAUUUCUGCAGCAUUGAAGGUCCCCAAGAACACAGUGGCCUCCAUCAUUCUUAAAUGGAAGAAGUUUGGAACCACCAAGACUCUUCCUAAAGCUGGUCUCCCAGCCAAACUGAGCAAUCGGGGGAGAAGGGCCUUGGUCAGGGAGGUGACGAAGUACCCGAUGGUCACUCUGACAGAGCACCCGAGUUCCUCUGUGGAGAUGGGAGAACCUUCCAGAAGGACAACCAUCUCUGCAGCACUCCACCAAUCAGGCCUUUAUGGUAGAGUCGCCAGACUGAAGCCACUCCUCAGUAAAAGGCACAUGACUGUCACGGCGUUCAAAAGGAUCGGACCAAAGUGCAGCGUGGUUGUAGUUCCACAUUUUAUUAAAUCCGUGAAACUUUGCAAAACAUAAAUAACUGAAUUUACAAAACAAACCGUGACGCAGAGAGAAACAAACACUACUCAAAAGAUAUAUCACCUACAAAACUCAUGAAGAAAAACCCCCACUUAAAUAUGAUCUCCAAUCAGAGGUAACGAGGACCAGCUGCCUCCAAUUGGAGAUCAACCCAAAAAACAACAACAUAGAAAUAGAAAAACUAGAACUUAAACAUAGAAAUAGAAAACGUAGAAAAACUCAAAACACCCCCUGUCACGCCCUAACCUACUCUACCAUAGAAAAUCACAUCUUACUAUGGUCAGGAUGUGACAAUGACAGCCUGCUUGGAGUUUGUUGAAAGGCACCUGACCUGUGUGUAAGAAACGUAGAUUAUCUGUUCUGAUGAAACCAAGAUUAAACUCUUUGGCCUGAAUGCCAAGCGUCACAUCUGGAGGAAACCUGGCACCAUCCCUACGGUGAACAAUGGUGGUGGCAGCAUCAUGCAGUGGGGAUGUUUUUCAGCGGCAGGGACUGGAAGACUAGUCAGGAUCAAGAGAAAAGUACAGAGAGAUCCUUGAUGAAAACCUGCUCCAGAGCGCUCAGGACCUCAGACUGGGGCAAAGGUUUACCUUCCAACAGGACAAUGUCCGUAAGCACACAGUCAAGACAACCCAGGAGUGGCUUCGGGACAAGUCUCAGAAUGUCCUUGAGUGGCCCAGUCAGAGCCCGGACUUGAACCUGACCAAAUAUCUCUGGAGAGACCUGAAAAUAUCUGUGCAGCUACGCUUCCCAUCCACCCUGACAGAGCUUGAGAGGAUCUGCAGAGAAGAAUGGGAGAUCAUACCCAAAUACAGGUGUGCCAAGCUUGUAGCAUCAUACCCAAGAAGACUCAAAGAUGUAAUUGCUGCCAAAGGUGCUUCAACCAAGUACUGAGUAAUGGGUCUGAAUACUUAUGGAAAUGGUAAUAUAUCAGUUUUUAAUUUGUAAUAUAUUUGCAAAAAAACUGUUUUUGCUUUGGCAUUAUGGGGUAUUGUGUGUAGAUUGAUGAGGGGAAAAAAUGAUUUAAUACAUUUUAGAAUAAGGCUGUAACGUAACAAAAUGUAGAAAAAGGGAAUGUGUCGGAAUACUUUCCAAAUGCACUGUACAUCAUACUGUUUUUCUCCAAGCCAUCUGUUACAUACAAGCAGAAUGUAUAACUAAAUGUCCAUGCAUGACAAUGUUACUUAGGAGCCUUUGUGAAUGAAUACUUUUUAUAGUCCUUUUUUAAAAAUAUAAUAUUUAUCUGAAAUUGUAUUAUGUCUAGAUAAGAGACACAUUUUACUUUCCUCAAUGCAAACUAAAGUCAACCCCAAAGCAAGGUUUUACCCAAAACAUUGUGAGAUUUGUAAAGACCAACAAAAAAAGAAGAAUUUACAUCUAAAUGAUUGAACUCAGGAAAAACUAUAUUUGGAAUUAUUGUAGGUUAGGGAGUAAUUAUUUAUGUCCAGUGCCAAGAAAAAUGGAAAUCAGAUGUGAUAGAUGGUUGAACCGUAAGUGUAAACCCAUUCUGUGUGUAAUUGUACAAAUGUAAAUGUAUUUUUAUUGUAUUGCCUCUUUUUAUCUCUUUGAAAAUGCUCUCACAAUACAAAGAAAAGCUUUGUGAUUAUGACCUGCUGGGUAUAAAGACAUUCCCUUCAAACAUUCCAUUCAGCCAUGUUUCUUAAAGAAACAGCAAUACUGUACCAAAAUUAUACAGUUUGUAUAAUAAUUUUUGAUUUUAUUGUUAUGAUUGUACUAGUUAUUGUUCAUUACACAAAUGUAUAUUUGUUGAGUAAUUAAUUAGUCAUUCAUUUGUUUUGAUACUGUCACCAAAAGCAGCCAUCUUAAAACCAAGUGAGCUUCCUCAACCAAACAUUGUUUUGAAUGGACCAAUAUGUUUUUUUCCCCCACCUAAAUUAUUAUGUAGCUAACUAAUAAUGCAUUGUUUGUGUGUUUCUAUGUGCAUGUGUGAGUGAGUGCAUGCAUGCAAGUGUGCAUGCUCUAACUUAUUCCGUUCAACUAUAUACAUAUAUAGAUAUAUAUCAAAUAGCUUAGUACACACCCCAAAACUUUUCAAAUGUUCAAAUCAAAAGGCUAUUGUGCAGAUAAAUGUGGACAGUCGGGUGCAUCGCAAAUUCAGAACCUCUGGACAGCAACAUAAUAAACUGAAGUACUGAUCAUUGGGAACGAGAUCAGAAAUAGGUAGCCUCGCCUACAAAACUAAAACACCCCAUAUGUUCAAAUCAAAAGUCCUGAUUUAACAUGACAUUAAUAACACAGCCACAUCCCGAGUACCCGGUGCCGACACGUUCAGAAAUCAAAAGAUGGUUUGUGCAAUAGACCACUGCGCCACUCGGGAGGCCCCAUUGAAGCUAUUAUGAGCCAAAACUUUUGACCCACAAUAGUCAGCAUAUAAGGGGAGCACUGGCGUCCCACUGAACUGAACCUCCACAGGCAAGUAACAGUGAAUGAAGGGGGUGUUGUUGUAUCAGACAGUCUGUGACAGCUAGGCUCUCUGAGAGUACUGACAGAAAGCAGGGUAAAUCAGAUGGGCUGUCAGUUAAUCCAGUCGUUAACCCAGCAGAUUCUGGCCCAGCCUCUGACAAGGGCUUCCUUUGCUCAUAGAUACACACGAGCCAAGCAAUCCUCAACACACGGCACAUUUCCCUUUCUCACAAUGUUAGACACUCGCAAGGCGAGCAGACUGUGUGUAUUUGUGUGUUGAAGACAGAAUGUGUGCAUGUAUUACAAGAGAGUGUCUGUGUGUGUGUGUGUGUGUGUGAGAGAAAGUGAGUGUUUGUCUUUCGGGAGGUGUCUUUGUUUAAAUCCAGAAAGGAGAGUGACUUAGGAGGUGGUUAUGAGCUCUUUGUUAUUGAGUGAUACACUCAACGCAGCUCUUGAGUUGGGAGGCUCCCAAACGUACAAGGUCUAAGUGUGGAAGAAAAAUAUUAUCCAAUAUUUCUUGCAUCAUAUGCAAUUGAAAUCACAAAAAAAGGGGAUUACUUUUUUUCUUUUAUCACAUAACUAAUAUAAUAUGUAAAAACGGAAUAUAUUGAAACUCAUCUGGACAGACAGGAAUAAUAACAUUACCAAGUAUCUUAACCCUUGAAAUGUAUUCACAGUAAUACAUUUUUCUGUUAUCUAUUUUUUCCUAUAAGCAGCAACAUGAAGUCAUUUCCCUCAUUUUGAUCUGUACUGGGCUGCUGUGUUAUAAAAUAAUGCCUUAGAUUAAAGGCUUGUUUGUGCCUGGGUAUAAUGUGUCUAUACAGGAUGUCACCCUUCAGGAUUGUUAACAACGUUGUUAGAGUUUGUCAUCUUAACAAAAUUACUGCUCCAAUUCUAUGCAUGGAUGAAAAAUCCAGGGAAUUCUAUAACCCUGGCUAAAGUGCCUUCUAUGGUGCACUGAACAAAUUCAAAUGGUGCACUGAACAAAUUCAAAUGAUAUGUUGUCUUUUGAAAAGUAUAUAUAUAUUUUUUGUGUAUCAACCGUCUUAAUAAAAUUAGUUUAAGAAACUAA